GUUUGAUAGGAGGACGUACUGGAUUGGCUGGAUGACUUGAAAUGACUUCCGUAAACAGUUCUGGCGGAAAAAUGCCCGCCAUUCUACCUGCAGUGGCAGAACAGCUUUUACAAAAUAUCCGUAAAACAUACCAGGAAACUUCUCAAAUUCCUGAUGACUUGCUAACUGCGUUGAAUUGUGUUUUUGGGCCCUGUGCAAUCCGAGCUUUGGAUCUGGUUGACCAACGCUCAGUCACCUGUCUGUCAUCACCCAGUGGACGUAAGGCCUUCCAGGUCAAAGGAGACUCGGGGAGGUUGUACACUUGUUUCACAUCCUGCCACUACUGCCCAUGUCCCACCUUUGCUUACACGGUGUUACGAAGGGAUGAAGGCCUGCUGUGCAAGCACAUUCUGGCCGCGUACCUGUGCGAGGCCGUGGGUGCGACCUCCACUCAAAGUGUGUCGGAUGAGCAAAUGACAGCGCUGCUCAGUGGGACCUUGUAACUGCCACAUGGACACAUUUGCUGAGCCGCGAAGUUGGCGCUAUUUGACUUUCCUCCUGACGCAUGAAAAUGUCCUUUCUUGCCAAUGCUUGACGUUAAUGGAAAUGACAGCGCAUCUCAAAAAGCCCCACGGGAGGGCACAGUGAACUUGCGUUGCUUUAAAACAAGCAGAAAAACAACAGCAACGGAUCUCCUUUGUUCAUUGAUGAGUUCAUGUAUGCAAAUUUGUGAUUAUGUCAACAGUCUUUAGUUUGAUUUGUACUCAAGUGAGCGCAGCUGAAUGCAACAUAACUCAACAUAUCUGUGAAUAAUCACAUGACUGGAGACCUUCAAUGUUUCAUUUUGGUUGGUGGGCAGUUU